CCACAACAUGAGUAACCGAUACCUUUAUUCUCGACUAUUGCUGUCUUCUGCAUAUCGUAUGAUUUAAUAUAAAUACUAAUUAUUAAAAAGAAUAAAGUAUUAAAGUACAAACCACAUAUUUGGAGUAGCGCAGAACUGUAUAGUUUUAAAGGCUCUAAUAAGAAAUUAUCGCCAACAUGACAGACAAUGAUAAUGACUCUCUUGAUAUCGAUUUCGCUUGUAGCGAAGCAUUCGAUUCCUUAGACAUUUUCAAGGAAGGGGAUUCCUUGAAUAUUAUAAAGGAUUUGCUUCCGACUGAAAUGCAGACAUUCUUUGAAGAUAUUGAUAGAAUGGAUUUAUCUGAUGAAUCAGUAACACAUACUUUAACUAAUGAAUGUGAUAUAGAAUCUUCAAACAAGCCGGGAAUGGUUUCACUUACACCGUCAGAUGAUAGAAAUGUUUUCAUAUUUCCUUCAGAUGCAACACCAAAUACUGGGUUUGCAGAUGUUAAUGAGAAUAAAGAGUUUAACAACAUGAGUUCGUCAGAUCCUUUAAUGGGUUGUAAUUUCAAUACUGCUUUAGAUUUAUCCAACCUACAGCCAGAUGAAGUUUUUAUUAACUUGCGAUCCAUGUACAAUUUGAGUGUAGAACAACCAAGAGGAACAUUGCAUCUUGGAGAAAUCCAAAUAAAUGAAAAGCAACCUGUGCUACCUGAUCCUGAAGAGGUGAUAUUGAAAGCUCCGGUUCUACGAAGUAAGGAGCCCCAUCUUAAUGCUGAUCAAUAUUGUAAAUCUAAUAAACUGGAAAAAGAGCAAAUGAAUAUCCGAACCAAUUUAAAGUCUGUGGAUUUGGGUGUUUUUUGUGGCAAAACUACAAAUCAGACCGAAAAG